AUGGGUCAUCUGCUGGUAGCCAUCUUGUUCUUCUAUGUUCUAUCCCCGAUAAAAGGUGACUUCCUGAUUGAAGGACUGCGGAACAUUCAGGUCAAGUCAGUGAUAGAUCCAAAUGUGGAUGGCAUAGAGGUAUACAACAUUAGCAUCAUCAGUAAGGUCACAUCUCGUUUUGCCCAUAAUGUCAUCAAAAGCAGGGCCGUUAAUCAUGCUAAUAGAUCUCAAGAAGCCUUCUUCAAUGUGGAUCUGCCCAAAACUGCUUUCAUAACCAAUUUUACCAUGACAAUUGAUGGAGAAGAGUAUCCUGGAAUAAUUAAGAAAAAAGAAGUUGCAAGGAAAGAGUAUGAAACAGCUGUUUCUAGAGGACAGACAGCAGGACUCGUAAGUGCCUCUUCUGACAGGAAGACCGAGAAAUUUACAGUGUCAGUCAAUGUGGCAGCGAAAAGUAAAGUUACAUUUGAAUUAGUCUAUGAAGAAAUGUUGAAGCGUCACCUUGGAAAAUAUGAGAUGUUCAUCAAAGUCCAACCGAAAACACUUGUUAAAAACUUUCAGAUUACUGUAGAUAUACAAGAACCACAAGGCAUCAGCUUUUUAGAUGCCAAAGCAUCAUUUAUAACAAAUGAUUUGCGGCCAGCCAUCAAAAAAUCAUUUGCUGGAGAAAAGGGUCAAGUCUCUUUUACACCCACAAUAAAUCAACAGCGAACCUGUGCUAACUGUACUACUACAAUACUGGAUGGAGAUUUUACUGUGACAUAUGAUGUACUCAGAGAAUCUCCGGAAAACAUACAGGUCGUCAAUGGAUAUUUUGUUCAUUUUUUUGCUCCUAAACUUGGUGGAGUGCCCAAAAAUGUUAUGUAUGUCAUAGAUAUAAGCAGCUCAAUGUCGGGUCAAAAAAUGGAUCAGACAAAAGAAGCCCUCCUGCAAAUUUUGAGUGACACAGCAGAGCAUGACUACUUCAAUUUAAUAUUGUUUAGCAGCGGCACUUCAGUGUGGCGUAACAGUUUAGUGAAAGCAACUCCAAGAAACAUAACAGCUGCCAAGGAAUUCGUCAGAAACAUUUAUGCUAGCGGGUAUACAAAUAUUAAUGACCCCUUGUUGCUGGCAGUCUCACUGCUGGAUAGAGCACAUCAGCUAAAGCAAGUUCCAGAGAGGAGUGUGUCUUUAAUUGUAUUGCUGACAGACGGUCAAGCUAAUACUGGUGAAUCAAACCCAACACGAAUCCAGCAAAAUGCAAAAAGAGCAAUUCAAGGAAGAUACACCCUGUACUGUCUUGGCUUUGGCUAUGGUGUAGAUUAUCCUUUUCUGGAAAAGUUGGCACUGGAAAAUUCUGGUAUUGCCCGUCGUAUAUAUGAGGACUCUGAAGCAACCUUGCAGAUGCAGGGAUUCUAUAAUGAAAUAGCAAACCCAACAUUAUCGGACAUUAAAAUGCAAUAUCCUGAGAAUGUUACAUCUAAUGUCACUCAGAACACCUUCAAACACUACUUUGAUGGCAGUGAAAUAGUUGUUGCUGGACGUAUAACCGAUAACAGCUUGGACUUAUUUUCUGCAAAUGUAAAGGCAGAAGGAGCAAACAAAACAGUGAGCUACGGUGAAAACAUUCAACUCAAAGAUAAAGAUGCCGAGAGCAAACAGCAGUACAUAUUUGGUGAUUUUACUGAAAGGCUCUGGGCCUACCUCACCAUACAGCAACUGCUGGAGAAAAGGGUAUAUGCUGACCCAUUAGAAAAGGAAAAACUGACAUCUCGAGCAUUGGAGCUUUCUCUUAAGUUCAAAUUUGUGACUCCUCUAACAUCAAUGGUGGUGACCAAACCUGAGCAGAAAGAAGAAAAGGAGCAAACUAUAAUUGCUGAUAAAUUUGUGGAGGGUAAGAUGGCCUCAAUAAGUGAAGCCAGCUUCCUAGCCAAUCAGGAAGCCGCCCAGCUUCCUGAUUGGGUUUAUAUUGACUCAGACCCUCAUUUUGUCAUUGCUGACCCACGCAAGAAUGAUGCUUUGUGCUUUAACAUACAAGAGGAACCAGGCGUACUUCUAAAUCUUAUUACUGACCAAAAGCAAGGCAUUGCUGUGAAUGGAGAACUCAUCGGUGAUAAGACAUCAAAUGACAAUGUAACAUCGACUGAAACCUAUUUUGGAAAACUGGGCAUUGUAAACAAGAUGAUAAACCUGAGAAUUGAAGUGUCCACGGAUGCAAUCACUGUCAUAGAUGGUGACAACCAGACAAGCUUUUCAUGGCUGGACACAGUCACAGUAGACCAAAAGGGAUUUAAUAUGGCAAUAAGUAACCAAAACAAUGCAAAGUUUUCUUUUGGAGAAGAGGCAACAUUUGUUGUUGUUCUGCAUAAGGUUUGGAAAAAUAAUCCUGUACACAGAGAUUAUUUAGGAUUCUACACUCUAAAUGAUCGUGCAUUUUCUGAAGGAGUCCAUGGACUAUUAGGACAAUUUUUUCACGGAGUCGACUAUGAAAUUUCUAAUAUUCACAACACCGCUGACCCCAAUAAACCAGAUGCCACCAUGAAAGUAAAGAAUAAGCUGCUGACUGUGACAAGGGGUAUACAAAAAGACUACAGAGAUGACAGCACAGAUAGCAAUGAGAUUCCUUGUUGGUUUGUACAUUCCAGUGGAGAAGGGCUGAUUGAUGGAACCCAUACAGAUUACAUUGUACAAGAUAUCUUCAGCAUUGUUUAA